GGACCAGCGUCCCCAACAUGGUGCUUAUUGGAUCCCUUAUCAUCCUUGAGUGACCCGGCUAAGCCAGAACCUUCUCAGUUCCACCGUAAAGCCUUCUGAAGCCAAGGGGAUCGCAGCUGGAUCCAGAAGCCCUGAGAAAUGUCUUUGCUGCAGACUCUUGACAGAAGGGGAGAUUCUGUCUUGCCCACAGAGCGAAAUCUGUGGAAACCCUUUUCCUCCUGCUCUACCCAGAAUUCCUCUUCUCAUGGCCUCUGAAUCUCCCUCUCUCAGUUCCCCCCAGACUCCCUGCUGCCCCCUUCUGCUGAGAUGGAGUCUCUGGCAUUUUCUUGAGAGGAGCCGGUUGAACUUCUCUGGUUGCUUUUGAGUUUUCUUGCAUUUUUUCUGGGUAGCAUCACGAAGGCCCAGGAGCCCAAGGAAUCCUCGGAGGAGGAGGGAGGGGCAGGGUUGUGUACUGUUCUUCUGUCACACUUUGUCCCUGUCAGUGAGAACAUCAGGAACGCCACCACCAGUGAGCGUGCUUAUCUCUACCAGCCCCUCACCAGCAUCAUCUUCACCGUCACCUCCAUCACCAUCAUCCCCACCAUCCCCACCAUCAUCCUCGUCCUCGUCGUCAUCAUCAUCAUCAUGACCACCACCAUCUUCACCAUCUUCAUCAUAGCAGCUACUGUUCACUGAGUACUCGCUACGGGGCAGGCAUGGCACUGAGCAUGUUACGUACAUUCUGUCACUCAGUCCUCCGUAUGACCUUGCAGGAGAGAUACUAGAGUGACUGCUGUCAUGGUCACAGAGGUGUACGAGGGCGGGAGCAACGUGGACCAGUUUGUGACACGCUUUCUGCUGAAGGAGACGGCCAAUCAGAUCCAGUCGCUGCUGAGCUCCGUGGAGAGUGCGGUGGAGGCCAUCGAGGAGCAGACCAGCCAGAUCCGACGGAACCACAGCAAGCCCAGCCACGGCGUGGUGGAGACCUGGUCUGGAAGCGCUGUGCCCCCCCACGCCCCCAACCCCAAGCUGGGGGCCUCAGAACAAGGGAAGAGUCUUCCUUCUGUCACUGCGGACCCCAAGGAGGAGGGCCUGGAAGCCCAGAUCAGCCGCUUGGCAGAACUAAUAGGACGGCUGGAGAGUAAGACCCUUUGGUUUGACCUUCAGCAGCGCCUCUCGGAUGAAGAAGGCACCAACAUGGUGAGGCCUGCUCCCUUCCUGUCCCUUUCCUGUGGCCCCAUCCCUGCCUGA